AAUGAUUGUUGCCGUUGUUGUCGCAACAUCGUCGUCAUCUGCCCGACAAUCAAUACAUGGGGUUUGGCAAAGAAAGGCCCUCCACUCCGUCGUCUGUUCUCGUUUUGCUGCCCCUCCACGGCCCGGCAACACACCCACCACCCACUCACUCCGAGUCUGGGAUUGAUUGCUUCUCGAUUCGCCUCAUCAUCAAUAUCACCAUCAUCAUCAUCAUCAUCAUCACGGCAGCCCCCCACCUCCCGCUCCUCUCCAGCUCGACGGGACAGCUUCCAGCCUCCGACACCAUCGGACCUCACUCAAGGCUGCCCUAGUACCUGCCAUCUACAUCUACUAUCAGGAACAGAGCAGACGGGACUCGGCCUGGAGCGUACCGCCGCUGGCCACCACCCCAAACCUCGUUGCCCCAAGUCAGCGAGCGUCGGGCUAAAACUCCCCUUUGGCAAAUCUUAUCACCUUUAUCGGCGGCCCUCCUCCACCCAUCCAACCCCAAAGGGCUGCCGCCGCCGACUGCGGACUCGCUCGCUCGCCUUGACUCUUCAGCUCUAGUAGGCAACAAACUCUGUUCUGCUCCCCCAACAACUGGUUUUCUGUCGCUUCCCUCGAGCCCAUAGUCCGUCAUCGUUCUUCUUAACCAUCGCUUUGAUAAAAUCUACGGGGUACAUGACUGUACUCAAUUGACAGGACAUCCUUUUCUUUUCCUGUCCACCCUAGACCCUGGCCUGGCGCCGCAGAUCUCCCGUCCCGUCCCCCCCUGGCUGAUUGAGAAGCUGCCUGCCUGUUGUUGGCUCUCUCUAUCUCUCUCUGUGUCUGUCUCCUCUCCUACCCCCCACGUUUGGGAGCAGGCAGAUAGAUAGGCAGGCACCUACUGCCUAAACACACAUACAUAACUACCGGGCGCCCGCUCCUCAAACCUUCUCAAGAGCCUUUGCGCUGGCCUGAGAGUAACACUGCAAAUCGUCGUCAGCACAAGCCAUCAAGCUUUCCAUAAGGGACGCGCCUGCAUGGCGCCCACCCUGCACACUCAGGAACUGGGGCCAUCAUGAAUGCCCAGAUAUCUUUUCUGGAUGGGACCUUUACCCUCAUCCACGUCCCCCUAGACCUGUACUCGGCCCUCCUGCAGCCCAUCCUCCGCGUGCUCCUCCCGCAGACACAGAGCCUCGACGCCCUCCGCGAGACCGUCGAGUGCGCCCUCGAAGGCCUCACCACGGAAAACCAGCAUGGCUUCCUCAACAUCAGCGUCACGCCAAUCGAGUGCUCCAUCGUCUGCCACUCGACCUGGGCCGACAAGGUCUUCCAGCCCGUCAUCGACGCCCUGCCCGGCGAGCAGGCCCGGACCGUCACCGUCUUCAAGGACACGUACAUGGUCCUCUCCGUCAUCAGCGCCGGGCUCGAGGCCGCCGGCAGGGUCAUGGAGCUGAGCUCGCCCCUCGCCCUGGCCGGCAUCCCCAUCUUCUUCAUCACGACCUACUACUCCGACUUCAUCCUCGUCCCCUCCAAGGCCCGGCACAGCGUCAUCAAGGCGCUGUCCGAGAGGGGCUUCGAGCUCUCCGAGAACCAGUCCAACUUUGUCAACUCGUCGUCGUCGUACGCCGCGUACGGCCGCAAGAACUCGGCAAGCUCCUCGGCCGGCUCCCCCCCGCCCGGCACCCCGCCGCCCUCGGACGCCCAGGAGCUGCAGACGCGGACCUUUGACCUGAUGCAGAAGCGCAACGUCACGCCCUACGUCGACGACGGCCUGCAGCUGGUGCAGUGCUCGGGGCGCGAAAUCUCCCAGCUCGCCGACGUCUACGGGCACCGGCUGUCCGUGGGCCGCCAGACGCACCACCCGCCCGAGCGGCGCAACAGCUGGAUCGAAAACGUCGACACCAAGCUGUACACGAGCAUCAUCUCGGCCCUCGUGUCGCGGCCCCGCUUCCUGUCCCUCACGCUGGCCCAGGACGACCCGCCGUCGCUGCUGCUCGACCGGAAGCUGCUGCCCCUCUUUGGCGACUCCAUCGUCGGCGACACGGACAGCAACUUUGUGCCCAUCUUCCUCGACCUCGUCAACCUGCCCUCGGAGGUGACGGGCAUCGUGUGCGGCGUCGCCGGCCGCCUCGUCGAGGACAUGCACCUCACCGAGACGUUUGAGCUGUCGUAUCUGUCCACGGCGCGCGCCGGCGCCGUCAUUCUCACCGAGGAGCAGUCCACGCGGGCGCUGGCGAUAUUGGCACCGCUGCUGAAGACGGAGGACGACUGACGUGGAUGCUGGGAGGCCGCAAGAGU